AUGUCUUACGAUUUGGCCACUGCUGAGCGAGCGGCGUAUGCCCCAUUCUUUGGCUACAUGGGCGCAGCUUCAGCGCAGAUAUUCACCGUCUUGGGAGCCGCCUACGGAACCGCCAAGUCAGCCGUCGGAAUUUCUUCAAUGGGAGUAAUGAGGCCAGAGCUGAUCAUGAAAUCUGUCAUCCCCGUUAUUAUGGCUGGUAUCAUUGGUAUUUACGGUCUUGUCGUGGCUAUGGUGUUGAAAGGAAAAGUGCAAGCCGCCUCAGAAGGAUACACAUUGAACAAGGGUUUUGCUCACUUGGCUGCCGGACUCACUUGCGGCCUUUGUGGUCUUGGUGCUGGAUACGCCAUCGGAAUUGUAGGAGAUGCUGGUGUCCGUGGAACUGCCCAACAGCCACGUCUUUUCGUCGGAAUGAUCCUUAUUCUCAUUUUCUCUGAGGUGCUUGGGCUUUACGGAAUGAUCGUCGCUUUGAUCCUCGGAACCUCGUCA